UCUUUACAUAAAUCAUUAACUAGCCGAAGUUACAUAAAGAAGUUGUGGUAAAAAGACUCGUUGGAGAAUCAAAAGGGAUUUGCAUAUUGAAGCAUCAGUAAAGAAUGAAGUAUUCAAUUGGUUUCUUGUUUGUGUGCUUCUUUUCAUUUUCAAAAGGGCAAAAACUUAGCGAGUGGUCUCCUUUUAGUAACUGCUCAAUAAGCACACGUACACGAACUUGCAAACCUGCACAUAAAUGUAAAGAUGUUCAGUUAGUUGAGAGUAUACCAUGUGCUACUCAUUGUCCAGGUUUAUGGCCGUUAAGAGAUGAAAACAGUACAACUGUAAAAAGAAACGUACAGUUUGAUGCUAAAUUAAACCGCGGAACUACUUUAAAAGAUGGGCGCACUCUCAAUGCUGGAAAUUACCUUUCAUCAGGAAACGGAUAUUAUGCAGUUAUGCAAGGAGAUGGAAACUUUGUUCUUUAUGUUACACAACAAUGGGUACCACGCAAUGCUCUUUGGGCAAGUGGUUCUUAUAAUAAAGGAACUGCCCCAAGAAGAGCUGUGAUGCAGAAUGAUGGAAAUUUGGUUAUUUACGAUGUUUAUAACAAAGCAACUUGGGCAAGUAAUACUAAUCAAAAAGGGACCAAGCCGCAUCGUUUGGUAAUGCAAAAAGAUGGAAACUUGGUUAUUUAUGACGGACAAAAUAAACCAACAUGGGCAACAGGAACGAAUCGUGGCUAAUAAAAAUUAUUUGAAGUGAAGUUUUUCUAAUAUAAAUGUUCUAAUAUAAAUGAUUUUGCAAUCUAAAUAUUAUAACUAAAACAACGAAAUUAUUGUUAUAUUUUUGAAUACUAUUUUUUGCAGUUUUAAUCCUUGUAUUUUAUUAUUUUGAAGCCGCAUAAACCUGUGAGAUUUUUUUGCGAUAUUCAAGAAUAUCAAUUAAAUUUAGAAAA